GUAGCUGACCACUCAACACUCGGCGUCCUAGGCUCGCACGAAAGCCAACGAUCAGAACAACCUCAUUGAUGCCCUAGAAGCUGGACUUGAGGGAACUAUACUCUGUCCGAGCAACCAGUGGUGAAGUCGGCGCUUGUCUGUUCAUUCCUCGAGCCUACCGGCUCUUGAUUCCUCGCCUUAUACGUCACCCCUCACUAUGUCUCAAUCACUGCGCCCAUACCUUCAAUGCGUCCGCGCCUCGCUGACCGCUGCGCUCGCUAUAUCCAAUUUCGCUUCCCAGACCUCCGAGAGACACAAUGUGCCAGAAAUCGAGGCCGCGAGCUCCCCAGAACUACUCCUCAACCCUCUCACAGUGUCACGAAAUGAGAACGAGAAAGUCUUGAUCGAACCCAGUGUGAACAGUGUUCGUGUUAGCAUCAGGAUAAAGCAGGCAGACGAAAUCGAGCACAUCUUGGUACAUAAACUCACCCGAUUCUUGACUCAGCGCGCGGAAUCCUUCUUUAUCUUGCGGAGAAAGCCGGUAAAGGGCUACGACAUUUCUUUCCUCAUUACGAACUUCCACACCGAAGCUAUGCUGAAAAAUAAGCUGGUUGAUUUCGUCAUCUCAUUUAUGGAGGACGUGGACAAGGAAAUUUCCGAGAUGAAGCUUUUCUUGAACGCCCGCGCUCGAUUCGUUGCCGAAUCUUUCCUGACACCUUUCGAUUAGAUCGUCCCAAGCCCUUUACUUACGACUCCCCGAGAUAUAACAUUAGUCUUGCUCAGUUCCAUUCACCACAAAGCUUUACAGAGGCAAGUUGAGCUGGUCGAGAUCACCUUACUUGGCGAUGCAUCACUCCUACCCGUAUAUCCGAAACCACUUCAAAUACAUAUUGUUUAGCAAAGCCAAAACUCUUCCCGCAAUCGUUAUUCCUACUGCGAUAGAACCAAUAUGGCUAGCCGCUUAGUUUAUCUUGUACGAAUUGUUAUAGUAUCUCUCGUGUCAUAACCCCAGAAAGUUUUCCACGCUAUUCUACGUACCUAUUCCGGCAAAACUUCGCAACCACAAAUGCAG